ACGUCACCUCACCACCCAGUUCACGGAAGCUGGAAGUUUCUUGUUUCCUACAGUCCGCCCCUUUUCUUAUUUAACCAUACUACAAAGAAGCACUUUUUGGAACUAAGGGAAAACAGAGCACGGUUUAGCUAUCGUUACUCAGAUUAGAAGUCUUUUUGUGUGUGUGUGUGUGAAAAAACCUUUUCGCGGUUGUGUACGGAAGGCGGCGGGGGCAGGACGCAAAGUUUACACAUCACUCCAUCUGAAGAUGUUAGCCUCAGAUCUCUCCGCUGAACUCCAUGAUGACCAGGCACAAAAAGUGGACAAAUACCUGCACCAGUUCCAUCUAUCAGACAAGACUUUGAUGGAGGUGUCUAAGAGAUUUCGGCGAGAGAUGGACAAAGGCUUAUGCAGGGACACAAAUCCCACUGCUGCCGUCAAGAUGCUGCCAACGUAUGUGCGUUCUACUCCUGAUGGAACAGAACAAGGCGAGUUCCUGGCUCUCGACCUCGGCGGAUCCAACUUCCGAAUCCUGCUGGUCAAAGUGAAGGGCAACGGCGACCAGAAGGUGGAGAUGGAAAGCCAGAUAUAUGACAUUCCUGACCUCGUCAUGAGGGGCAGCGGCUCUGAUUUAUUUGACCACAUCGCCGACUGUCUGGCUAAUUUUCUGGAGAAGAUGGGGAUAAAGGAUAAAAAGCUUCCUCUGGGUUUCACCUUCUCAUUUCCCUGCCUGCAGACCAAAUUGGAUGAGAGCGUUCUGAUUUCUUGGACCAAAGGCUUCAGGCUGAGUGGAGUGGAAGGGAACGAUGUGGUCAGCCUUCUGAGAAAGUCCAUCAAAAAACGAGGGGACUUCGACACUGACAUCAUGGCAGUGAUCAGCGACACGGUGGGGACCAUGAUGACCUGCGGCUUUGACGACCGUCACUGUGAAAUUGGCCUUAUAGUGGGAACGGGCACUAAUGCGUGUUACAUGGAGCAGAUGAGGAACCUCCAGCUGAUGGACGGCGAUGAGGGGCAGAUGUGUGUGAACACAGAGUGGGGAGCGUUUGGAGACGACGGCGCCCUGGAAGACCUGCGCACCGACAUCGACCGGGAAAUCGACGCUGGCUCGCUGAACCCUGGCAAGCAGCUGUUUGAGAAGAUGAUAAGCGGGCUGUACAUGGGGGAGCUGGUGCGUCUCAUCUUGGUGAAGAUGGCCAGAAAGCAGCUGCUGUUCCAGGGACAGACCACGCCACAGCUUCUUACCUCUGGAUGCUUCAGCACCAACUACAUCUACGCCAUUGAGAGCGACAAAGAUGAAGAAGGCCUGGCUAGCGCCGAGAAGGCGCUCCGCAGCCUGGGCCUGGACCCGUCUGCUGAAGACUGCGUCGCCACUCGGAGGAUUUGCCAGGUCGUUUCAACCCGGGCUGCACACCUGUGCGCCUCUACCCUGGCGGCGGUGAUGCGACAGAUCCGGGACAACAAAGCGGCCGAAAAGCUGCGCAUCACCAUCGGAGUGGACGGCUCAGUCUACAAGGGUCAUCCAGAAUUUUCCAGGAAGCUCAACAAAAUGGUGCGGCGCCUCGUGCCAGACUGCGACGUGCGCUUCCUGCAGUCGCAGCACGGCAGCGGGAAAGGCGCGGCCAUGGUGACGGCGGUGGCCUACCGACUCGCCACCCAGCACGCCGAGCGGCAGCGCGUCCUCGACACCCUGCGGCUGAGCCGCGAGCAGCUGCUGGAGGUGAAGCGGAGGCUGACGGAGGAGAUGGCACGGGGUCUGUCCAAGCAGACGCACGACCAGACCAGCGUCAAGAUGCUGCCGACGUACGUCAGGUCCACCCCGGACGGAACAGAACAAGGAGAUUUCUUGGCUUUGGAUCUUGGCGGGUCCAGUUUCCGUGUUCUUCUCGUUCGGCUGAAAAAUGAGAAGAAGCAGAAAGUGGAUAUGCACCAGAAGAUCUACAGUAUCGAUCAGGACACGCUGCAGGGCACGGGGGAGGAGCUCUUCAACUACAUUGUGUACUGCAUUGCUGACUUCCUGGACUACAGGGGGAUGAGUGGAGCGUCCUUACCUCUGGGGUUCACGUUCUCUUUCCCAUGUGAUCAAACCAAGCUGAAUGAGGUAACGUUCUGUCUGCCGGUCUGAAUCCUGAGCCUGACA